UUAAGUCCAAAUGUGUGGUACAUUCAAUGGCAGAUUCCUCCUACUAUUCAAAUGACAUACUUAAAAAACAAAACAUAUAGUAAUUUCAACAUAAGCAUAGUCUUACUACAAAUGAUAAAACAAAUUCAUUGUUAAAGAACUGCAUGAUUCGUUCUCACACUAAAUAAAAGCAACCUGAAUUAUCUACAGCACUAUUUCUCUAAGUGAACCAGUCACCUAUGCCAUAGUAAAAAAAAAAAUCCAAAUUAUGAAAAGUGUAGCUUCUCCUCAUCCUUUCGGAAAAGUUAAAAAAUCUAAAAUAAUGAAUUUUCAAGUUAUUAACAAAACAAAAACAUGUAGACUACCAAAGAAUAUUGGCAUGCAGUGCUAUGUCUUUGGUCCCAUAUGUACAAGUCUUACUUCGUUAUGAUUUCCCAACUAAUUCAAAAGACUGCAAGUCAGUACCCAUUAAAGCUAUAAGACUUGGAAUUAAUAAAUCAGGACUUACUCAAAGUAUGCAAUUCUAUCCACAUCCCAUUGUUCUCAUCCUUCACAAAAUAUAACAAGAAUUUUGGUCUUAAAGUCAAAAGGGAAAAAGAAAUAAUUCAUAUUAAACAUUAACCAUGUGCCAUGUGUGAGACACUGAUAGUCUUUACAAACAUGGUCUCAUUUAACGGCCACAGCAAUUCUAUAAAAUCAUCAGUGCUAUCCCCAUUUUACAGAUGGAGAAAUGGAGCUAAGGGAUGUCAAGUGAUGCCUAAAAGAGUCAAGCCAGGGCUACAACCUAAGUGUUUUGACUAUUUGUCUAGGACCCAAUGCUUCUCAAAUAGAAUUCCAUCAAACUCUAGAGUUACUAAGAUGUCAACAAAUGUUCUGAGAAACAGGGGCUCUUGGAUUCAAAAGUUUGGGACAAGUUACUUUACAUAAGAAUUUCCAACAACCUUAAUAUGCACAUUGUGACUCCCCAAGGUGAUAAAAUGAGAAGUGUUUUGCUAAUUUAUUAAACCAUUAAGUUCUUCCUUUAAAGAAAGCCUAGUAACAUACCAUGGGAUGCUUGUGCUCAACUAAGCAGUUUGGAAAUGAUCAAGUCCAAUCUCCUCUUUCCAUGGUUUAAUAAAAUGAGGUACAGAGAGGUUCAAUUACUCAUGCAACGCCACACAAAAAGUUAAUUACAGGGCCAGGAGGCCUCAUGAUUCCCACCAGGAUGUUUUUUCCCCUGUCACCCUGUCUCACUUCAAUACUGUUCCCACAAAGUUCAACAUCAAUCAAAAGGAAAAAAAAAAGUAUUGCAUCUAUCAUUUAUUCUAAUUCUUCUGAAUGAUGGUAAAGAGAACCACUUACAGAAAUGAAAUGCUAAAAAGUCUACCUCCCAACUGCACUCGUAUUUCAUAGGCUUGGGAUACAUUUGGAAAUGUGGGAAAUGAUUCCACUGUAAUAAUGCUAAAUAAUACUUUUCAGCCAAGUAGUGCUAUAUUCAUGUUCUUCUUUGAAGGGAGAGAACUGCACCAUACUACUGCACAUAGAUACUGCCAGAGUAUAAAAUAUACAAUUUGUGACCAUCUUUAUAAAGAGCAAAUUAUUCAUUGUUCCCCAUUACCCCUUAAUCCUAAAGGGGCUUCCUUUCACUUUGUCCAACCCCUUCCAGCAAGCAGUAAACAGUCCUGGGCCAAGGAUGCCAUCUGGCGUUUAGUUCAGGAAGUGUUCAACCCAACAAUACCUUCCAACGACUAUCUCACCACCUGGCCCCUCCCCCAAACCACAUUCUCCUUUCUUCCAAUUUUUGCCCAUUUACCUCAGUAAAACCUUUUUUCUUCUUUUCUGUCAUUUGUUCCAACUGAGUGAAAAAAAUAUAUAUGUAUUUUAUUUGUGGCAUUCCAGUUAAAGAAAAUCGUGAGUCUGAAAUACACUUGCAGCUAAAGAAACAAACCACAGCGAGAGGCCAAUAUAGCCUCAAAAAUGCCUAAUAGAGGCCCGGCCCCAGUAGAUAAUGUUAAGAGUAUCUAUUAUUCAUCCUAUGUCUCCAAGGACUAUCAGCACUAAGAAGGACCUUUACGAUCACUGGUAGGUCAACUGCUUCAUUUUACAGCUAAAGAAACUGAACAUGUAAGAAAUGAAGCCAUCACCUGGCCAAUCAGCACACAGUGAGUUACAGCAGAGCGAGAACCAAGGCCUAGGACUCCCCAUGCCAAAGUCAGUGCUCAGUGGGUUACACCAUAUGCUCCAGGAUCCUCAAGACUGUUUUUUCUCAGCCAACAUUCAAAUAAUUUUAUUUGAGUUUUUUAGUGUUUUUAUACUUUCCUUAAUUAUAUUGAUAUUACCAAUCUCUUGAGCUCAGGGCCCAUAACUAAAAUUUCCUCAGUGCCACAUCUAACAGUGUCCAGCUUUUAUAAAUAUUUAUUGACUUUUUGGUCUAUCAUUUAUUACUGUAUUACUUUCACCAUUUUAUGAGUUAGACAGCUUUUAUCUACUUUAAAACCUAACUGCCAUUUUGUAACACUGUUUCUAUGGAAAGUUGUUUCUCAAACCCCCACUUUGUAACCUUUUGGAACAAUCCGUUCAGAAAUUUGGGGCUUCUUGUUAAAGGCUCCUUUCUACCUGAUCAGUCUUGACCAAAUUAGGAUGGAAAAGAAUAUGGAGUCAAUUCUGAAGAAAAUGGGAACUUUAGUAUCAACUGCAUUAUAACCACAAAACUAUGCAAAUUCAGUUUCCUCUCCCAUAAAAUACUCCUCGACCCUAAGCUCAGAUAGGAUACGUAUAAACAUUUUAUAAAUUACAGGUAUCAAUAAUGAUCACAAGUAUUAUUAACAAUAGAAUUUAUAUUCUAGACCUGGUGACUAAUCACUUUGCAUACACUAUGCCAUGUAAUUCUUACAGCCCUAUUUUACAGACGAGAAGAACUAAGGCUCAGCAAGUUAGGAAACUCGUCCAGGGUCCCAGAGCUAAGAGCUAAAGAAUCCAGGAUUCGAGCUGAGAUCUGAAAUUCUCUAGAGCUGGUGUUCCUAAUAGGUGGGCGAUAAGGCAAGGUCGACUUUACAGAAAAAAAGGUACUACUCCCCUCGGGGCUCUGAAAUCAGUGAGGCAUGAAAGCAACUCAACCAACCUCGCUAUUUCACAUCAUAGCUAACCUACACAGUGAAAUAUCGGGGUGCAAAGAAAAAUGAGAGUAAUGGAGACCUGGGUGUUUUCCCAUCUUAGUUGGCCAGGUCAGCGCCCCAAGUCGCUUCGCCCUCUGGGUUUGCUCAAUUUGCGGAGGAGAAGGAGCUACUUUGGAACCAGCGGGGCUCUUGAUCGUGGAUCGCAUUCAAGGUGCAAACUCGCGAGUAUAAAUUCACGUUGCUGGGAGAUCCUUCAUCAGAGUCCCCGCCCUGAAAAAGAACCACUGCACCCGGCAUCUCCGAAGUCCCUCCUGCCUCUCCAAUCGCAGGCGUCCCUCAGCAGGAGGAGUUUUGUUACGUCCACUGGGAGGGGGAGGGGGAGGGGAGGAGGAAGGCGGCUAACCGGUGGACUCUGCUCCUCGCGUUCGGAGUCAACGCGAACCCAGAAGAGUGACGCGGGCUGGGCUAACGGCUGCCGGCCGGGGCAGAUUGAAGAUGCUAUGCUUGGAGCUGUAGCAGUCAUUUUGAACUAUGAAGGUUACCUCAGCAAUGGAGAUCGAAUACAUCAGAGCAACAGGAUAGAAAUAAUGUGGCUCCCUCAUAUAGGAAAGCGCUGUAUCACUUACCUCCAGACAUUGGUGUUGACCAAAAUCCUGACCACUGCCUAGGUACAUGUAAGUACUAGUCUCUCUAUAUAAAGUUACAUGAUCACUAUAGAGUCAUCCUGGUAAGAUUUCUACUUUCAGAUUUUUGUGAGUAAAAGCUUGUUUCCAUCAAUUUUUUAAAAUCUUGUCUAUCUUGUUAACAUUAAUAACCAGAGGAUGUUGUUUGUAGCCAUGGAACAGAGAGAGGUUAACUAGUUUGAAUUGGAUCAGAUCUUGUAAUUGUGACUUAAUUACUAUAAAUUAAUUGACAUCAUUUACAUAAAGAUGUUUGUCUUCUCUUGCAAGAGCCAGAAUUUUAUGUUAGAAUUAUAUUUUUCAUGAAUUGGUGUAUUCAUUGUGCUUAUUAACAUUUCAUUUAUUAGCUAAUUUUUAUUACAGUAUUUUGAUUAUUAUUUUUAAAAUGGCUUCUCUUUUAAUUAAAACUAUUUCACUUAGUUUUUGCAAAGAUCAUAAGUGAACUUUUUUGCCCCUUUUUGUAAAAUUGCUACUCUUCU